UUAGUAGCAGUAGUGAGUGAAUGAGAAUAAUAUCCGAGUAAAACAGCAGCAUAUCUUCAGUUUAUUUGCUUAAUAAAAAUAAAGACAUGGUUUUGAGCAGCAGCAGCGUUUUCAAAUCUCUCUGUCCGUCACCUUCUCUCUCUCUCUCUCUGAUGAUUGACUUCUUGCCAACAUUCGUCCUAGGUUUACUUUUGUUAUACCGCUACUCCCAACGGCUGUAGAGCUUGCAAGCUACCAGAUCUUUAUUUUUCUCAGCUGACGGCGACUGUUUCUCCGGUUUUUACAGGAUGGAUGCAAAUGGUAAAGCACCAAAGAUUAGCGGAGAAAUAAGUAUGACGGAGAAUCAGAAAACAGCUACUGAUGUCAUCAUUAACGUUCCUGGGGAUGGGAAAGAUUCAAAAUUUCCAACCCCAGAUGUUGCAAAGGAUCAAAGACAUAGACUUUCAGCUGAUUCACCUCAUAAAGCGUCAAGUGAUUCAGCAUUUAGUGCCCAAAAGUCAGUGUCCAUUAGUUGUCCUUCUCCUGAAAUUGUAAGAAUUGGUCCUAGCUCCAAUAGGCCUCCCAAAAUCCCCACUAGCGAGACUCUCACUCGGAGGAAAUCUUUAUCAAGGUCAGUUUACUCAAAGCCAAAAUCUAGAUUUGGUGAACAGUCUGUGACGAUUGAUGGUAAGAUGUUUGAGGAAAAUGGACCCUCAGCGGAAGAAAAUGUCAUAUCUACUCAGAAUUCACCUAAUACGAAACUGGAUGUUAAUAGUGCUAGCAUGAAAGAAAUUAGUAGGUCCGUGCCGAUUACUCCAAAAACACCAUUGAUGUCAUCUCCUGGUGGUUUUAGAGGAGUGGAUGAGGACGAGGAAAUAUAUAAAAGAGUCAGCAGUAGGAAAAAGCUUAAGUAUAGGAAAGUGAAAGCCAAGGUUUUGGUUGAGUGGUUGCUGUUUCUAUGCAUUCUUGGGUGUUUGGUUGCAAGCUUGACUGUACAUUGGUUGCAAAAGUUGACACUCUGGGGAUUGCCUAUUUGGAAGUGGUGUGUGCUUGUUUUGGUGACUUUUAGUGGCUUGUUGGUUACUGAAUGGUUGAUGCAUUUUGUUGUUUUGUUGAUCGAGCUAAACUUUUUGCUGAAAAAGAAGGUAUUAUAUUUUGUUUAUGGUCUGAAGAAGAGCGUUCAGACCUGUAUUUGGUUGGGUUUAGUGCUCGUCACUUGGGUUCUGCUAUUCCAGGAAGCGGUGAAGGGGUCCCGUCUGACUACCCGAAUUUUGGAUUUCAUAACUUGGACUAUUGGUGCGAUGCUUAUUGGUGCGUUUUUAUGGCUCUUGAAGACUUUGCUGCUGAAGAUUUUGGCAUCUUCUUUCCACGUAAAUACAUUCUUUGAUAGGAUUCAGGAGUCAAUCUUCCAUCAGUACAUAUUACUCACACUGUCUGGCCCGCCAGUUUUGGAGUCGGCAGAAAUGUUGGGGAAAACAAACAGUAAUGUGAGUCAGUUCAGUUUUCGUGUGACAAAGAAGGGGAAGGAAGGCAAGGAAAAGAAGGAGAAAGAGGUGAUUGAUAUAAAUAAACUCCAUCAGAUGAAGCAAGAAAAGGUCUCCGCCUGGACCAUGAAGAUGUUGGUUGAUGUAAUAUCUAAUUCAGGUCUCACGACGCUUUCAAAUGCAAUUGAUGAAAGUGUCUAUGAUGGAGGUAAUGAACAAGCAGAUAAGGAGAUAACAAAUGAGGAGGAGGCAAUUGCAGCAGCAUAUCACAUCUUCAGGAAUGUAGCUCAGCCUGGUUGCAAGUAUAUUGAUGAAUAUGACCUAAGGAGAUUCAUGCUGAAAGAAGAGGUUGAGCUUGUAAUGCCAAUGAUUGAUGUGGCUGAGACUGGGCAGAUUGACAGAAAAGCUUUGACAGACUGGGUGGUGAAGGUUUACAAUGGUCGCAAAGCACUAGCUCAUGCUUUGAAUGACACCAAAACAGCUGUAAAGCAACUGAACAAGCUCGUGACAGUGAUUUUGAUUAUUAUCAUCAUAGUAGUGUGGCUUCUCUUGACGGGAAUAGCAACCACCAAAGUGCUUGUUUUUCUCUCAUCACAGCUUGUUUUGGCUGUUUUUAUGUUCGGAAACACUUGCAAGACUAUAUUCGAAGCUAUUAUCUUUGUGUUUGUGAUGCAUCCGUUCGAUGUUGGCGACCGUUGUGUCGUCGAUGGUGUCCAGGUGGUCGUGGAAGAGAUGAAUAUCUUAACGACUGUCUUUUUGAAGUCUGAUAAUGAGAAAGUAUAUUAUCCGAAUGCUGUUUUGGCUACCAAACCCAUCAGCAAUUUCUAUAGAAGCCCAGAUAUGGGUGAUUCACUUGAUUUCUGCAUUGAUUUCAAGACGCCAAUGGAGAAAAUCGGUGCUUUAAAAGAGAAAAUAAAGAAGUACUUGGAGCAAAACCCGCAGCAUUGGCAUCCUAAUCACAACUUAGUCGUGAAGGAGAUUGAAAACGUGAACAAGAUAAAGAUGACUCUCUUUUUCAAUCACACAAUGAACUUCCAAGACUAUCCAGAGAAGAGCAGACGCAAAACGGAUCUGGUCCUGGAGAUGAAAAAGAUUUUUGAAGAGCUGAAUAUCAGAUACGAUCUUCUUCCUCAAGAAGUUCACCUUAUGGAUUCACAAACAACAGCAGCGGAAACCAGCAAAUGAUUGUGAUCCAUCUCAAAAACUCACCAGCAUUUUCCACUCUAGUAAGUCUUCUUUUGUCCUCAGAAAAUUAGUGUUCUUUAGACCAAUUUCAUUUUCUGGUGCAAACGAAGAGCAUGGGGCGAUUUUCUUGUUUGCAUGUGGAAAAUCAAUUCCUUGUCAAGAGAUUUACACAUGUGCUGCCUGUUCUUUACGGGUAAUGCUGCUGACAGUAGUUUUUGUUGGUUGUGAGUGCUGAAGGAUUCGUUAAGAAAGAAAAUGGCCAUGGAGGUUGGUUAAAGCAGACUCAUAAUAAGCAGCAGCAGUUUUGUAAUGUGUACAUAUGUAGUCCAGAACUACAAGAUGAGGAUGGAUUGGAGGACUUAGCAUUCAUGCUUCAGCUUUGCCUUUGCAUUUCUUAGAAUUUUGCUUGUGUUACAUUGAAUUUUGGAUUUCUAGGUUCGAAGUUGAAAACUAUUACAAAAUCCACGAGGUUUUGUCCGAAUAAAACUCAAGUUUCAAAAUCAAGAAAUUCUGAAUUCAAAUUUCA